AUGGCGAUUCGCGAGGACCUAGUGGCCUCUGCGGUCCAAUUCCUGCAGGACCCCAAUGUCGCUUCAUCUUCUGUUGAAAAUCGAGUUGGAUUUCUACAAUCCAAGAAUUUGACACAAGAGGAGAUUGAUCACGCACUCGCUCGCACCGGCGCGGGUCCUUCGCCCGUCGCCCCAGCACGUUACGCGCCGCAGGGCUCGCCCCAACCAUACUACCCGCCAUAUCAGCAGCAGGCAUGGCAACCACAACCUCCUCCUCGACGCGACUGGAGAGACUGGUUCAUUAUGGCUACGCUGGUUAGCGGCGUGAGCUACGGUGUCUACACUCUUGGCAAGCGCUACGUAUAUCCACUUAUUGCACCCCCUACUCCCGAGAAGCUGGAGCAGGAUAAGAAGUCGAUCGAGGACCAAUUCGAGCGAGCAUUCACCCUUGUCGAGCAGCUCGCCAAGGAUAGCGAGGAGCUCAAGAAGGCAGAGCAGCAACGAACAGAGAAGCUCGAUGCUGCACUGGCAGAGCUCGAGACCGUCAUGUCAGACCUCAAAACGGCGAAUCGACGACGAGACGAUGAUGCUCAGCGCAUUCGCGAAGACAUUCAGGGCCUUAAGGAUGCGAUUCCCAAGGCCAUGGAGAACCAAAAGACACAGGCCGACAACCGCCUGUACGAGAUCAACACUGAAUUGACAAGUCUCAAGACACUAGUCUCUCAGCGCAUGACUGCUGGAGCCAGCUCUGCCAGCGGCUUCUCUCGACCAGGCGCAUCCUCGACACCCGCCGCUGCGCCCGCUACUCCCGCCGCGACCACUCCCAAGCCCGCAACAGUCUCUGAUCCUGCCACUAUCAGUACCGAGACUGCCAGCAGCGAAAAAGCUGCCGAGCCCGUGAAAGCCGCGGAUCCUCCGAGAAACUCCUCCCAUACCCCCUUCAACAAAGGCUCUGGCAAGGCCUCUAUCCCUGCCUGGCAGAUGGCUAUGGCUAACAAGAACGGAGUUGGAUCCUCAUCAACUGCUAGCGGUAGUAAUACCGGCGAGGAUGCUUCCAGCAGUUCUUAG